GGCGUAAUAAGCAUGACCAUUAUCACGAGACUAGAACAAACAAUGUAUUGGGUGUUAAUGGCGAAGUUUUUGAUGAAGAAACAUUAAUUGUGCAAGGCAUUGGAAUGAUGUCUGAAGGUUUUACAUAUGAAUCUUUAAGAACUCAACUAUCGGCAUUAGAAACAUCGAUAACGAAACCACAACAAUACUAA